GCGGCUGGGGAACCCCUGAGGGAGCUGGGCAGGGGCUCACCUGGAGCAAAGGAGGGAUCUUUUCCCUCUCUGGAAUUCCCUGCCAGCAGGGCACAGCCGCGGGAUGUCGGGCUGUGCUCCAGGGAACAGGGACAGGAGCAGAGGGAACGGCCUCAGGCUGGGCUGGGGAGGCUCACGGUGGAUAUUUCGGAGAAUUUCCCCGUGGAAAGGGGGCUCAGGGAUUGGAACUGCCCAGGGAGGUUUGGGGUGCCCAUCCCUGGAGGUGCCCAAGGAUUUCCUGGAGGUGGCACUCGGGGCUCUGGGCUGGGGACAAGGUGGGCAUCGGGCACAGCUGGGACUCCAUGGGCUGGGAAGGCUUUUCCAGCCUAAAGGAUUUGAGGAUUCUGUGUUUCUGCCCUCAGUGCUGGCUGCUGCUGGAGGGGCUGCUCCAUCCCUGGGCUCAGGGAAUGCCAGACCCUGCUGCAGGAUUGGCACCCAGGGGUCCAACAGCUGCUCCUUUCCCUUCCAGGGCUCAGGGAGUGCCAGGCUGUGCUGCAGGACUGGCACCCAGGGGUCCAACAGCCUCUCCUCUCCCUUCCAGGGCUCAGGGAGUGCCAGACCCUGCUGCAGGAUGGCACCCAGGGGACCAACAGCUGCUCCUUUCCCUUGCAGGGCUCAGGGAAUGCCAGGCUGUGCUGCAGGAUGGCACCCAGGGGUCCAACAGCUGCUCCUUUCCCUUCCAGGGCUCAGGGAGUGCCAGGCUGUGCUGCAGGACUGGCACCCAGGGGACCAACAACGGUUCCUCUCCAUCCCUGGGCUCAGGGAAUGCCAGGCUGUGCUGCAGGAUUGGCACCCAGGGGACCAACAGCUGCUCCUUUCCAUUCCUGGGCUGAGGGAGUGCCAGACCCUGCUGCAGGAUGGCACCCAGGGGACCAACAACGGUUCCUUUCCAUUCCUGGGCUCAGGGAAUGCCAUACCCUGCUGCAGGAUUGGCACCCAGGGGACCAACAACGGUUCCUCUCCAUCCCUGGGCUCAGGGAAUGCCAGGCUGUGCUGCAGGAUUGGCACCCAGGGGUCCAACAGCCUCUCCUCUCCCUUGCAGGGCUCGGGAUGGAUUUCCUGACGCUGUUCCUGCUGUACCUGUGCUCCGUGCUGGCCGUGGCUGCCCUGCUGUGCCUGAGCUCGGGAAGGCAGGAGAGCUUCCUCACCAGGAGUGUCACCAGGGCCAGCCAGGUGCUGUCACUGCUGAUCCCCAGCCAGCUGCAGAGGGUGGCACAGCGGGCACUGCACAGGCUCUUCCACACAAGGAGCUGUUUGUUUGUGGUGCUGCACGUGGCCCUGCAGGCUGCAGUGUUUGGGGAGUACACCUGGGAGGUGUUUGUGUACUGCUGGGAGCUGCAGUUCCACCUGCUGCUGCUGCUGCUGCCCUACCUGCUGCUGGCUGCCAACCUGGGCUGCCUCCUGCUCUGCUCCCGGGCCAACCCUGGUACAGUGACCAAAUCCAACGCUGCAUCCCUGGCUAAGGUCUAUGCCUAUGAUGGGGUGUUGUUCCAGAGAGGCCUCGUGUGUCCCACGUGCAGCCUGGAGAAACCAGCCAGGUCCAAGCACUGCAGCGUGUGCAGGACGUGCGUGCACCGCUUUGACCACCACUGCGUGUGGGUGAACAACUGCAUCGGGGCCGCCAACGCGGGGCUCUUCCUGCUCUACCUGCUGUCCCUGACGGCCACCGCGGCCGCCGUGGCCGCUGUCACUGCCGCCCUGCUCGCGCACGUGCUGCUGCUCUCCAACGCCCUGCACGGCACCUACCUGGAUGCCCAGGGCCAGGAGCAGCCCGUGGGCAUCCCCCUCCUCAUCCAGCACCUUUUCUUGACUUUCCCCAGGAUUGUCUUCAUGCUGGGCUUUGUCAUCCUGCUCACCCUGGUGCUGGGGGGAUAUUGCUGCUUCAGUCUGUAUUUGGCCCUCACCAACCAGACCACCAACGAAUGGUGCAAAUCCCGAAGAUUUGGGGGCUCCCCCCCUGUCCCCUCACAGCCUCAUGACAGACCCCUCGUCUACAGAAACAUCUAUUCCAAAGGGAUCUGGAGGAACUUAAAGGAAAUCUUUAACCCUCCCACCACGGUGGAAAGGAAGAAGAAAACAUGAAGAUAUCCUUGUUUCUCUGGGCAUUUUUAAAUGCUUUUUAAGACUUGGCUGCCCCAGGCAGAUUGUGGAACAGGAUUGUGGAACUGCAGAUUUGGAACUGAAUUGGAACAAGAUUACUGCAGAAUUCACAUAUUGGUGCCUCACUGGAGCUCCCUCCCUCAGUGAGACUCAGGGCCAGCUCAGGCCUGGCCCCUGAAUAAGGAUUUGGUUCAUCUUCCUAAUGUGAAUUUUUCUCUCUGAGAAGGGCUAACACGGAGCUCCUGUGAAUUUUGAGGAAGCAGCAUAUUUUUGUAUCUUUCUUUGGGAAACAAUUAAGUCAUGACUGUUAACAAUGACUACAAUAGGUUGUGUGUGUUUAGCUGAAAGAAUGAUUUCUGGCAGGAUCUUACCUGCAGAAACCAUGUCCUGCUGCAGCUUUGGAGCAUCAGCUUCAGGAAGGAAAUUAAAGUGUCCCUGUUCACCCCUC